AUGUCCGGCAACACUAUGAGGGGUGCACCCAACCGCAAUCAGGGGAGGGGAAGCAUUCCCUUCGCCAGUAGUCCGACAAACUCAAAUAUCCCUCGCCCUGUUCUCGAUAGCCAGCCUAGUGAGGCGAGCUCAUCCGUCAGUGCUAGCCGGCAAAAGCAAUCCAAGCGUGAUGAGGCUAUCCGUCGGAAGUUGGAGAACGAUCUUUCCAAGAAGAAGCAUUUGACGAAUCGCGCAAGGCACUCUCGCAAAGCCCCUCCCGGUACCGUUCUAGCCUUGAAGCCCAGCCCUGCUCUGCAGAUUAAACCAAGCACCACUGUGUCGGAGGCCGCUCAACUCAUGGCAGCGAAACGAGAAGACUGCGUCUUGGUCACUGACGAUGACGAGCGCAUUGCUGGCAUCUUCACAGCCAAGGAUCUGGCCUUCCGAGUGGUUGGAGCUGGGCAAAAGGCAGCCAACGUGACUAUUGCCGAGAUCAUGACCAAGAAUCCUCUCUGUGCCCGCACCGACACCAGCGCAACCGAUGCUCUGGACUUGAUGGUCCGCAAAGGUUUCCGUCACUUGCCAGUAAUGGACGAAAACCAGGACAUUUCGGGAGUUCUGGACAUUACCAAGUGCUUUUACGAUGCCAUGGAGAAGCUUGAACGUGCCUACUCAUCCUCCAGGAAGCUCUAUGAUGCCCUGGAGGGCGUUCAUUCGGAACUCGGUUCUACGCAACCGCAGCAGAUUAUUCAAUACGUUGAGGCUCUGCGAUCAAAAAUGUCGGGACCGACACUAGAGUCUGUCUUGAACGGCAUCCCACCUACUACCGUCAGUGUCAGGACUUCGGUCAAGGAGGCUGCUGCCAUGAUGAAGGAGAACCAUACCACGGCCGUUUUGGUGCAGGAUGGAGGUGCUAUCACUGGUAUCUUUACCAGCAAGGACGUCGUGCUGCGUGUCAUUGCCCCUGGUCUAGAUCCGGCCAACUGCAGCGUUGUUCGCGUCAUGACACCUCACCCUGAUUUUGCCCCGAUGGACAUGACUAUUCAAGCUGCUCUUCGCAAGAUGCAUGACGGCCAUUACCUCAACCUGCCCGUUAUGAACGCCGAGGGGGAGAUUGUUGGCAUGGUUGAUGUUCUCAAGCUAACUUAUGCCACUCUUGAGCAAAUCAACUCCAUGUCUAGUGGAGAUGGCGAAGGCCCGGCUUGGAACAAAUUCUGGCUCUCGAUGGAUCACGAAACCGAAUCGAUCAUGUCCGGUGAUGGAAGUCAUAGUCAUCACCACACCAAUCUUGGAUCUCGCAUGAUGUCUCCGGACGUAUCAAGGGAUCGACUUGGAGACAGUGUUGCUCCUGGGGACUCUGCUUCUCACGUUGGGGCCGAAUCACCCUCACGCUCAGUUUCUCACGACGUUCCUGAACAGAAUCCUGCCCAUGUUCCGUUUGCCUUCAAGUUCAAGGCGCCUUCGGGCAGGGUCCACCGCGUCCAGGUUGUGGCAUCCCAAGGCAUGGAGUCGCUCGUCACCGCUGUAGCUGGAAAGCUGGGCAACGAGGUUGAUACGAUUGGAGGCGUUCCAGUUGUGGAGGAUGGAAAGAUGGCUGGCGCGGGGUUCGCUUUGAGCUACAUGGAUGACGAGGGAGACACCGUGUCCAUCACAACGAACAAUGAUCUGCUCGAGGCGAUCCUGCUCGCCCGCCAGGGCCGACGUGACAAGGUCGAUCUCUUUGUGCAUGAUCCAGAGAAACCCCCUGUCGCGACUCCCGCACCCGCCGAAAACUCCGCCAUCCCUACGCCGCCCACCUCUACCGCCUCGGGUCUCCGUGAGCGCCGACGAGGACAUGAAGUCGAGGACGACGAGGAUGACGAUGAGGUUGAGGACGAUGCUCACAUUCGUCGCUCAAGAAAGACUAGAACCGCCCCAGCCCAAGAACAAAUCAUUGCAGGAGUGCCAAACGAUUUGUUGCUUCCCGGCGCCAUUGUGACGCUUGCCGUGGUUAUUGUCGGUGUUUUUGCUAUUACGAGGGCGAGCAGCCGGUAG